UCUCUCUCUCCCUCUCUCUCCCUCUCUCUCUCUCUCUGUCUCUCUGUCUCUGUCUCUCUCUGUCUCUCUCUCUGUCUCUCUCCCUCCUUUUCUUUUUUCUUUAAACCCUCACCUUCCGUCUUAGAAUCAAUACUGUGUAUUGGUCUCAAGGCAGAAGAGUGGUAAGGGCUAGGCAAUGGGGGUCAAGUGACUUGCCCAGGGUCACACAGCUAGAAAGUAUCUGAGAUCAGUACCUCUGGGCCUGACUCUCCAUCCACUGAGCCAUCCAGCUGCCCCUCUCCCUUUCUAAGUGGGAUGUGAGCCAGAUCCCUUACAACAUCUGAUUCUUGGCAGGGUGGAUGGGAUACUAGAUAGAACAUAUCUGUGAUGGGGAUGCUGGAAGGGAUUACUGUAUAUUGUGCAGGACCCAGCAGCACUCAGUGGAUUGGUGAGUGGAAAUAUAGAUGGUACGAUGUCAAAGGAAUGCAUUUCAUUUGCUCUAGGGCAAAGAGUUCUUUGGUCUAAGGAAGGCUUUGUCUUCUGUUUAUAAUGAAAAUUUUCCUGGGGAAGUUUACACAUUUGAAGCCUCUUCAGUCUAGAACAACUCAGUGUGCCUGGAUCUGAAUGGGUCCUGGAGAUCUAUAGUCAAGAAACCACUGAGGAAGAAAAAUCAUAGUUACUAGUUAGGGUUUAUAGAGUCCUUUAAGGUUGGCCCAGUACUUUACAAAUAUGACCUCAUUCUCACAACCACUGGGAAACGGGUGCUAUGGUUACCCUCUCCAUUUUACAGGUAAACUAAGGCAGACAGGUUAAGUGACGUGCCCAGGGUAACACAGCUAAUAAGUAAGUGUUGAGCCUGGAUUUGAACUCGGGUCACUCUGGCUUCAGGUCCAGGACUUCAUCCUUUGGAGGAAGGAUCCUCAAGAGAUUUCAUGAUGCCUGUCCCUGCCCAGCCAGCGUUCCAUUCCCGAAAGGCCUUUCUUUUAGCGAAUUGUGGAUUCUGGUGGGAAUAAUAACCCACAUUUAUGCAGAGCUUUGGUGUUUGCCAAAUACUUCACAAUGUCGGAGAAAAAUGCCUCCACCCUGAGUUUAGAGCUAUUAUUCUUGUUUGGAGGAGAUAUUCUAAGCAUUUGGCUGAUGGGAACAUUGGAGGCUGGGAGCGGGUCCGUGAUUGGCCCAGCAUCUCACAGCCAGUAAGUGUUGGAGGCAGGCUCGGGAGGCUCCCUGGAGGCGCUUCCUCUCCUCCUCUGAGGAGGUUUGAUUAGGUGGCGGCUGGCGGGGCGGCUCCUGUCCCAAGCGCGUCUUCUGCCUCGUUGGCCGACCACUGACGGGCAAAGAUGUUCUGCUUCUCAGGAUGUUAGACAGAAGAAAAAGUCUUCCAGACCUAAGCGGAGGGGGGAGGAGAGACUUGCCUGGGGGUAGGCGGUCCCGGGUUCCAGUCCCGGCCCACCUGCUUGGAGCUGGGUGACCCGGCGCCGGUGGGCUCGGCCAGGAUCAGAUAAUGACAUCACUUGGCCGAGGCCGAGGCCUCGCCCAGAGAAGCGUUGAGGCGCCUCCCCGGCGCCGUCAGCCAAAUCGGCGGGCCGUGGUGCAGGCCCCCGGGGGCGGCGUAGAGUGGGUGCCGGGGAGACCCAGCGCGCCGCGGGACCGCAGGGGAGAUGUCUGAAAAGCUGAGACGAUGCCGCAAGGAGCUGACGGCCGCCAUCGACCGCGCCUUCGAAGGCAUCAGCCACUGCCAGGAGUGCCCGAGCCAGCCGAAGCCCGACGCGGACGCGUCGCCGUCCUCCUUCGCCAUUCAGAUGAACAAACUUCUUUGCAGGAGGUACCCUUCGGCCGCGGCCUACGUGGGCCCGUUCGCGCCCGUGCCCUGCGCCCCCGAGAACGAGAACCCCGUCUUUGUGCCCAGCCACCUGCCGGUCAACGUGAAGCCGCACGCCGUGUGCCCCAAGAGGAAGCCUCUGACCAGCAAGGAGAACGUGCUCAUCCACUCCUCCAUCUUUGUGCCCGACAGGCAGUUUCUGAGAGCCGCCGCCGACGGGGACGGCUGGAGGAAAGAGAGCUUGAGCAGGAAGGACGUGGAUCGCUACCUGAAGGUGGAGGCCAACGUUCCUCUCAGCAAUUCCAACCAGGAAAUCACCAAAGAUCUGCUCGACAUGAUCGACCAUACAAGCAUUCGAACUAUUGAAGAAUUGGCUGGAAAGCUAGAAUUUGAAAAUGAGUUAAACCGUGUUUGCAGUCGCUCCGAAGAUUCCCCCUUUAAAGAGGAAGUCCUGGCCCUCUUCAUGGACGAGAGCCCCCACAAGGCCACGGAAGCGGAAGCAAGCUGCCUAAAGCCAACUUUUGAUGACCAGAAUAUCAUAGAAACCGUCCUGGAUUUGGAAGAGGACUAUAAUUUGAUGACCUCUUUUAAAUACCACAUUAAGUAAGAAGAGUUCAUUUUAGCUUGACUUUCCCCCUGAUUUUGGUAGUACUUGUGCUCCGGGGAAGGCCGGGGCUCAGGAGGGCCCCCGGGCCUCUGCCAGGCAGCGCUGCCGCCCGAGGCCCCGAGCCUUUUCUUCCCCAGAUCUUGCCUCCCCUGCCUGCCCUCCUUCCCCCGAGUUCAGUUUUUAUAUUUCUUUUUCAGUAGCAUUUUUCUUACUCCUGGUUUUGGUUUCUUCAGCCCCUCCAUCUGUUUCCUAAUUGAUUCUAAGUAGAGCCAGUGCAGGGGGCUGUGAGCCAGCAGCCCCCCCCCUCCCCCGCUUGCAGCACCCCUAGCAAGCCUGCGCCCAUUUAGGCCCAGAGCAUUUGGCGCCCGACGAGGCUCGAGAGCACCGGCGAGGCCCUGCCUUCCUCGGACAGGAGGCUCAGCCAUCGGCCAAGGGGCCCAGGCUGGCGCCGAGUCUGCCUCUCUGGGCCUCAAGACGGGGGCCCGCGCGGUGAGGACGGGGCGUCCCUCGUCCCGGGGAGGAAGCGGCUUGGGGCCCCCUCACAGCACCGAGAGCAGGAAGCGCUCCUGGGAGCCACAGACCCGCCAGAGGUCCCGUGACUUGCCCCAGGUCACAGAGGUACAGCCGGGCCUGACCCCAGCCCCGCUUCCUCCUUUGUUCCAGCUUCCCCCGCAGGGCCCCUGUCCUGGCUGGGGGCUUCCUCCCUCCUGUGUGCAAAAGGAGAGUCCCCGCCCGCCUUUAAGAAUAAAAGGAUUGCCGAGCCACC